CAGUCCGUCGCACACGAUUGCAGUCCGCGCUCCACGCACGACCGCACCUCAUCAGUCGUAAUCGAUCGCGUGUCUAAAUAAUAUUAUUAAGUACACACUUACACGCACGCACACACACACUCGCACUCGAACGCGUAAUAAUAUUAUAUCAACGCGUACAGGUACGUACGACGCACACGCACGCAUUCGCCUGUCACACCUCGAAACAUAAGUCUGCUGUUAUUUUUUUUUCCCAUCUUUCUUUUAAUAAAACGCGCACAAUUAAUGUUGUAAUAUUAUUAUAUUGUACGCUCUCGAGACUCGCGCAGCACACACACUCGACGACCGCGGCGACGACGACGACGUUUAUGCGAAUCGGUUUUAUUGUAUUUACGCGACAGUUGUAGUAGGUACGUAUACCUCAUCCUAAAUACCUACUUGAUACCGAGUUACGCGACGAUAUAUCCUACUCGUAAUGUCAUAACACUAAUAAACGCAUUAACUAAAUUAUAUUGUGUCUGCUGUGCAGUGUAUGCGAGUGUAAAUAGGCGCGUGGAUUUACCGUAGUGCCGGUGGUGCUGUGCAUCAGUUCGUUUUCGAGUUCGCGCUCGUUAAGUCGUAAUUUAUUAUCUGCGUAAAACUAUAUAAUGUCGUUGUCAAACCGCUAAAGAUCGCGACCCUACGGGCGAUUAUAAUAUAGGUACGUCGGUAACGCGCCACUUCCGUAUCUAUAUUAUAGCUGUAGGUUUACGAUUUUGGAUCACCCGCAGCCGCAAUCAUACAUCGCUGUUUAAUUAUUUCAACGAUAUAUAGCUGCUACACGGGGAAAAAAACGAUAUCGUUAUCAUCAAAGUCGCCGUGAACGAUAUUGGUACAUAAAAUCGACUGCAAAUGACGAAAAUGCGGCGGAUGACCUGUCCGUGAAAAAUCACAGCCGACGAAAAAUGAACGAAUCGGUGGCCGUGUGUAGCAGACAACAAGGUCCGUCGUAUCAUCAUCACGGCCAUCACGUCGUAGUCAUGCCGUCCCAGUGCAACGGCGACGAAUGCCCGGCCGAACCACAACCGGCCACGGUGGCCGGUUCGUGGACGGCGUACGGCCAUCAGCCCGCGGCGAUCGCCGCCGGUUACCAUCAGCACCACCACCACCAUCAUCUGCAACAGCAGCAACAGCAGCAGCAGCAACAACAGCAGCAACAACAACAUCAACAGCAGCAACAGGACCAUCACCUCCAUCAUCCGCAUCAAGCGAUGUCCGCGGUGCCGCCGCCGCAGUCUUUGAUGCACCACCACCAUCACCAUCAACCGGCGGACAGCGGCGGUUACGCCGCGUGGCCGACGGCGGUCGUGUACAACAAGAGGCGGCUUUCGUACGCCGACGACGUACAGGUGUACCAUCACCACCACGCGCCGCCGCCGCCACCGCCUCCGCCGCCGUCGCAUCAUCAGCCGGCCGGCGCCGCGGCCACUUUGCAGGCCGUCGCGGCCUACAAUCCGGCGGCCGUGACGGCCUCGACGGCCACGUGCUCUUCGCCCGGCACGUCGUUGGACGAACCGUCCUCUGCGGCCGCCGCGGCGGCUGCGGCUGCUUACCAGACGGCCAACGACUACAAGUAUUGGCCGCCCGUGCAACAACAACCGUCGCCCACUGGCACAGGACGCGUGAGUCCGUACGGUUGGAUGAAGAGAGUCGAGUACCAGGACCGUCCACAACCGGGUAGAACACGCACUAAAGAUAAGUACAGGGUCGUAUACACCGACUUGCAACGUCUGGAACUCGAGAAGGAAUUUCACUUUAACCGAUACAUCACGAUUACAAGAAAAACCGAGUUGUCCAAAAUGCUGAGUCUGUCUGAAAGACAAGUAAAAAUAUGGUUUCAAAAUAGGCGAGCUAAACAGCGGAAAAUCGAUAAAAAACGAGAAGAGACGAUUAUCAACGAAAACUCGAAACAAUUGAUCCAAACACCCGUUGAUUCGAAUUAUUCGAUCGAGAGCUGUUCGCCUCUGUGAAAUUAACGGUUUAUUCAUACUGUGUAAAUCGACGGUUUGAAAUAUUCAUUCAGUAUCAUAAUAUAUGUACUUAUGAAAAAAUCCCACUAUAUUUGGGCACAACGAAGUUGUAUGUUAUACAUUUAUUUAAUAUAAUAUUAUAUAUAGAUUGUAAGUUUCGAUCGCGUCUAAAAGAAACAAUAAAACAUUUUUCAUUAUUUUAUUUUUUAAAUAGGUACAAUAUUAUUUUUAUUUUUUAAAUUAUUAAGCGCAUAUUAUUAUUAUUAUUACUAUAAUAAAUGUUAAAAAUUUAUUUUAGCUGCGCUUAUCAUACCGUUGCACUUUUGACUGUACAUAAUAUAAAAUAAAUCGUGUAAUUUUAAUUUUAUUUUACCUACUGUAUUGUAAUUAUUGCAAUGGUGUACGAAGUGUAUUCGUUUUGAUACAAUACAACUGUUACUCGAAUUUUAAUUUUUACGAAUAAAUAGUGAGCUUAUCGAA